GGAUUGGUCAGGAAUAGCUCAGGCAGAACAGUUUGAAGACCUGCUCCAGAAUGCUACUUAUACAGAGAAAACCUUGUUUUGUAUCAUAUAGGAAAGGAGAAGAGAAUACCUAUGUGAGAACACAACAAGCAGCAUGGCGGAUUCAGAAGACCUUUUUCUUAACAAGGCAAAGGUAGAUCAAACUGGUAACUGCAUUGUAAAAGUUAACUCGGGCAAACAUUACUUCUGUGGUUAUUGUGCAGCCAUUACAAAUGUGGCAGUAACUUUCCCAAUCCAGAAAGUCCUCUUCCGUCAACAGCUGUAUGGGCUACGAACCAGAGACGCAAUAUGUCAGCUACAGAAAGAUGGAAUCAGAAAUUUGUACCGAGGUAUCCUUCCUCCGCUGAUGCAGAAGAGCACAACCUUAGCAUUGAUGUUCGGCCUAUAUGAAGACUUGUCUUCCGUGCUCCUCAGACACAUAAGUGCUCCUGAAAUCUUUGCCCGGAGCUUAGCAGCUGUGCUUGCUGGGACCACAGAAGCCGUCUUGACCCCUUUUGAGCGUGUGCAGACACUUCUGCAGGACUACAAAUAUCAUGACAAAUUUACAAAUACCUACCAAGCAUUCAGAGUUCUCCGAGAGCAUGGAGCUAGGGAAUAUUACCGGGGCUUGGUGCCAAUCCUACUUCGGAACGGUCCUAGCAAUGUUCUCUUUUUUGGCCUGCGAGGACCCAUCAAGCAGUGCCUGCCAGAAGCAACAACUUACAGUACUCACCUGAUCAAUGAUUUUAUAUGUGGAGGGGUAUUGGGUGCUAUGUUGGGGUUUAUGUUUUUCCCUGUGAAUGUUGUAAAAGCCCGCAUGCAGUCACAGAUUGGUGGGGAAUUCCAGUCUUUUUCCACAGUCUUUAUGAAGAUUUGGCUGGAGCGUGACAGGAAACUGACGCAUCUCUUCCGAGGGGCCCAUCUAAAUUAUCACCGGUCCCUGAUUUCUUGGGGAAUAAUUAAUGCAACUUAUGAAUUCUUCCUUAAAUUACUAUAAUUGGUUGCUAAUUUUCUCUCUUCAGUUGAACAUCGGACAAUCCUGAGCUGUCAGUUUCCAGGAUAUAGUGAGAAAACACUCGCAAGUAUCUCUUGACUCCAUAACAUUUGAGAAACUAAAUUGUCAACAAAUGGUAGUUUCAGUUGGUAUGGAUAUCAGUUAUUUAAACAGUGCCUGACUAGUUCAAAAUAUAAUUGUAUUCACUCUUGUUCUUGGCCUUCCAGUCUAUGGAUGUGGCAGCUGUAGGACUAAAACAAUUAACUGAGACGUUUCCUGAAAUAUAAAGUCAGUGAGCAUAAUAAAAGCAUAAUAAACUAAAUUUCAUGCUGGACUAUGAAAAUUUGCUGCAGGUCACCUUCAGCUUUACUGAACCAACACUCCUGGUGAUCCAAAGAAUGCACUUCGUAGAAAAUAGCAGAGCAAAAAACAUGAUAUUUAAUUUGUUGCUUGACCAUUUGUAACAAAUGGUAGCAUUUUUGUAAUAAGUGGACUUUGAGUUUCCAUGAAGCUUCAUGUCCCCCCUCUUGUUUUUUUUUAUUAUUAUGAUGAAUAUUAUUGUACUUUGAAAAGAGACUGCCAAAUGUAGAAGAGAAAACUCUUGUCCUAAAACAGGUUCCAAGUAGUUUUGGAGCACUACUGAUGCAAAUGGCAUCUUGCCAAAAUUAAU